UCUAAGGCAAUCUGUAAGGACCUGACCUUAGUCUAUUCAGAUCAAUAGGAAAGUGAGGGAGGGAAGCGCAAUCGGAUCGCUUACACUGGCUCUGUAUGAGGAAAUAUAGACUUCCCUUAGAGUUUCUUGUACUCAUUGUAAAGUGGAUAUUGUAGCCCGUACCAAGAGGGCGACUCUGCGUUUUUUGUGACUAUAGAAACCUUUUUUCUACGACCAUGUCUUUUCCGCAGCUGGGAUAUCAGUACAUCCGACCGAUAUACCCAUCGGAGCGUCAGGGGAUCGGCAGCACUCGAGCCGGCACAGAGAUCAGCCCGACUGGGGCACUUUCCAAUGUUCUGUCCACUAUGUACGGAUCACCCUUUGCCGCACAAGGAUACGGGGCUUUCCUCCCUUAUUCAAACGAUAUAUCAAUUUUCAACCAACUGGGAGCUCAAUAUGAGUUGAAAGACAGUCCGGGAGUUCAACACCCGGGGUUUCCUCACCAUCACCCUGCUUUUUACCCCUAUGGGCAGUAUCAGUUUGGUGACCCGUCCAGACCCAAGAAUGCCACGAGAGAGAGUACCAGUACUCUUAAGGCCUGGUUGAGCGAGCACAGGAAAAACCCGUACCCCACAAAGGGUGAGAAGAUCAUGCUGGCCAUCAUCACCAAAAUGACCCUCACCCAAGUGUCCACCUGGUUCGCCAACGCGAGGAGAAGGCUUAAGAAAGAGAACAAGAUGACAUGGGCUCCCCGAAGCCGGACAGACGAAGAGGGAAAUGUUUACACCAGUGAUCACGAGGGAGAGGACGGAGACAAGAGAGAGGACGACGAAGAGAUUGAUUUAGAAAACAUCGACACUGAAAACAUCGAAAAUAAGGACGAUUUGGACGACCAGGAUGACUUGCCUGCUGAUUUGAAACUAGAUGCGAGAAGCGACUCGGAGAUUUCGGAUGGUUAUGAUGACCUACAAGGAUCCGACCAGAGGUUUCUAAAAACGGUGGUAAAAGAAAGCAAGGACAUCCACGGGGCCCGGCAUGAGCACUUCCACCAGCAUUCUUUAGAAAUGAAACCUACACAGCCAAACGGAGAACAGCUUAAACUGAACACCGCAUCCAUCAACUCCCCACCCUCAGAGAAUAACGCAGCCCCAGCCCAAAAGCCGAAGAUAUGGUCUUUGGCUGAGACAGCAACGACUCCGGACAGUCCUAGAAAGUCUCCAUUGGUAAACGGAAACUCAGCCGGGCCUGCAGCACAAACGCUAAUCGCUCCUCAUAGACUUAUCUCUUGCCCAGUUGGGAAACUUCAGAGCUGGACAAAUAGAGCCUUUUCAGCGCACCAGCUCGCUUUGCUAAACUCAAACCAUUACCUUGGACUGGCCAGUCAGGCUUCGGCGAACAGCCUUGCAAUGUACGGCAGACACACAGACGACAAGAGUCACAGUUCAGAAUCUUCCCUAACAGAAAGAUCUAGUGCCUUGGAAGCAGAGAAAAAGUUAAAAACAGCCUUCCACCCAGUUCACAGACGGUAAGACGUUACCUUAUACUUAAUGCGGACUUAUUUGUUUGCUUUCGUUAAAAAAAUUCCAUGCGCAUUUUCAAAAAAAAAAAAAAAAAACAAGCAAUUAAAUAAUUACUUGGCUCUGAAUACCAAACUGUUACCUUUCUCUAACAUAGUUUUAAUUCGUAUCGAAAAGUAUUUGGUUAAUUUAAGAGGCCACACGGCAUAACAAUAUUUCAGAUAUUCAAUCAGCCAUGAAUUUUCACACUUUAAAUCUAAUGAAUCACGUUUCUGCCAUUCGCUAUAUUAUUAUUAUUAUUAUUAUUAUUAUUAUUAUGACGAAAACAUCGUUAAUUGUAUUCACACACCACGCAGUGAGUUAGGAUAGAUUUUUUCCUCAUUUUUCUCACUCACCCCCCUGCCCCCU